UCGGAUUCAGAGGCUGCAAAAGAGAUGGUAGAAAAUGCCUUGCUCACCAAACCUGGAGGUGAAGAUGUCCUUGAAGAGUACAAGUCACAAAAUUCGCUGAAGCACCGCACCCGUAGACAGCUUGUCAACAUAUUGGCUAGCCAUAUGACUGAAAUGCAUGGGAGGAUUCCUUCUCGUAACCAGAAGGAGAAGUUUGCCCUGGGAAUCAUUACACUCUUUCCUACGCUGAAGGAUCCCUUUUCGCCAAAGGGAUAUCUGAAUCAAGACUUCACACUGCUGUUUGGUGCUGAGACGGCUUCCAAGAUGCUCGAGAAGUGGGAUACAGCAUUCAAGCCGACGGUCAUCAAAGAGGCCAAACACCUGACUCCGUCAACUGAGCUGUGCCAACUUCUGACAGCUGCAGAGAACCUUCCAGAAGAUGAUCAUACCGCUGGACGGAAGAGGAUCAAAAUAAGUCCCAGUGAUGCAGUGGGCAAAAUGUUGCAUUUUCACAAGUCAUGCUGCAGCAUCAGUGAACACCUGCUGGGAAGAGAGGCUAAACAACCGUACAUCCUUGCUGUUGGCCGAAACAAAAACAGAAUCGAUGCCUUCUACAUCGUUGUGGAUAAACAGCUCAUCCCCUGCCAAGCUACUAGCUCUUUGGGUGCUUUUGAUGAACUAUUUAAAGCCCACUACGUGUUCAACCUGUCUUACGAUGGAACUUUGGUCCCACUCUUCACCUUUGUGCAGACAACAGUCUACAACAUCGAUAUUUCAACAACAGAUCAGUCUCCAAGAGUACGUGAGUUCCGGGCGAAGGUAUUGCACGUCAAAGACCUCACCAAUGGAUCCAAUGGAAUCGAUAGCGCCAAUGGAGCCAAUGGAGCCAAUGGAUCCAAUGGAAUCGAUGGCACUAAUGGAACCAAUGGAACCAAUGGAUCAAAUGGAACCGAUAGAACCGAUGCAGCCAAUGGAUCCAAUGGAACCAAUGGAUCCAAUGGAACCGAUGCGGCCAAUGGUGCCAAUGGAACCAAUGGAUCCAAUGGAACCGAUGCAGCCAAUGGAUCCAAUGGAACCAAUGAUCUACUUUAA